ACUCCAAUUUUCCGUUUUCUCCUCCCUCCUAUCUCUCGGAGCAGCCCAAAUCAAACCAGCUCUCCGCCACUGAGAGCUCCAACAAUGGCGACGCUCUCUCUCCUCCCCUUCUGUUUCUGCUCUUCUUCUUCUUCUUCCACCACUUCUCCUUCGUCCUCUUCUUCAUUGGGUCUCACCCUCCAUCCUUUUCCUUCAAGAGCCUCAACCCCUCACAGUCUUUCCACUCCGAGCUCCAGUAGUAGCGGAGGAGCAGUCGCCGGGUUUCGCCGCCGCAGAGAAGCCGGUGUCUGUGCAGGAGGAAACUCGAGGAAUGAACCGGCGGACGAAUCGAUGUUCGUGGACGAGAAUGGCGUCGUCGAUGACAUGGACGGGUACCUCAAUUACCUCUCCCCCGAGUACGAGUCCGUCUGGGACACCAAACCUUCAUGGUGUCAGCCUUGGACAAUAACAUUAACGGGAGUAUUGGCGAUUGCUUUCAGUUGGGUAAUUCUGCGAUCAGUAUUGGUAACGACAAUCAUUGGGUUACUGAUAUGCUUGUGGUGGUACAUCUUUCUGUAUUCUUAUCCCAAGGCGUACACAGAUAUGAUUGCGGAGCGAAGGAAGAGGAUCAGAAGCGGGGUCGAAGACACAUUUGGUUUCAAGAAGGCCCAAUGAAGUCCAAGCGAUAAGGAUCCAUCGAUGUAUUUAUCUAACUUCGAUUGUAUGAAAUGCUCAUGAGUCUGAAUAAAAGAAAAGUUGGCUGCUCGUUACUUUUUUCUUCUGCAAUUUGUUUUGUUAAUAACAUUUCGUUUCAAGAAGUCAAUGAAAAAUCAGUGGCACACAAAUUGAUGGAGAGCA